AUGUUGGCAGUUGAAGAAUUAAAGGACUAUGACCAAAUCAAAUUUGCGUUGUAUCCCGGAAGUCGUUUCUCAGGAGUUCAAAAAAGUGAAAGAACAUCAUAUCCAGUUCAUGUAGAUAUUAAAAAUGUCGAUUUUAAAAAUUCAAUAUUAUCAGGUUAUUUAACAAUAUCAGGAUUGACAGAGAAAUAUCCAGUUUUAACAACAUUUUUUGAAGCAGAAAUAGUUGGAGAUAAAUAUUCAUUUUUAACGAGAAAAUGGGAUGCAGAUGUAGAAGUUGAUUAUAAACAUUGGUCGAGAUUCCCAGCAUUUCAAAAAGAAUAUUCACAUAAAUUCAAUAAGGACGAAUUCAAACCAGAUUUCAGUAAUAGUGAUCAUUUAUUCAUGCGUUGGAAAGAGUACUUUCUAGUACCUGACCAUCGUGUAAGAACCAUUGAAGGUGCUUCCUAUGAGGGAUUCUAUUAUAUCUCUUAUCAGCGUUCCACUGGUUCAAUUAAAGGUUACUAUUAUCAUGUCUCAAGUGAACAAUUUCAAUCUUUAGAGUUAUUUCAUGAUGUUGAAAAUUGUUUUCCAAUUUAUGAAUUUAGAGACAGACAGAUAGAGAGAAAAGAAAAGGGGAGUAAUAUUAAUAACCUUCAAAACAACAAUAAUAAUAAUAUAAAAAAAACUAAAACCAAUUCAUUUGUAAAUUAUAAUAAUUAA